AUGAACGAAGCCAGUCUCAGUGACGCUCCAUACCAUAGGGUCUCAUGUUCACACCAGACCUCGCUUCAUAUCUAUCUAUCUAUCUAUCUAUCUAUCUAUCUAUCUAUCUAUCUAUCUCAUUCUAUUCAGAUCUAUGUACCUAUAUUUCUCAUUAUAUUCAGAUCUAUCUAUCUAUCUAUCUAUCUAUCUAUCUAUCUAUCUAUCUAUCUAUUCAGAUCUAUGUACCUAUAUUUCUCAUUAUAUUCAGAUCUAUCUAUCUAUCUAUCUCAUUCUAUUCAGAUCUAUGUACCUAUAUUUCUCAUUAUAUUCAGAUCUAUCUAUCUAUCUAUCUAUCUAUCUAUCUAUCUAUCUAUUCAGAUCUAUGUACCUAUAUUUCUCAUUAUAUUCAGAUCUAUCUAUCUAUCUAUCUAUCUAUCUCAUUCUACUCAGAUCUAUCUAUCUAUCUAUCUAUCUAUCUAUCUAUCUCAUUCUACUCAGAUCUAUCUAUCUAUCUAUCUAUCUAUCGAUCUAUCUAUCUAUCUAUCUCAUUCUACUCAGAUCUAUCUAUCUAUAUAUCUCAUUCUACUUAGAUCUAUCUAUCUAUCUAUCUAUCUAUCUAUCUAUCUAUCUAUCUAUCUAAAAUACUAA